AAGUAAUGAGUUGGAUUUAUUGCACUUUGCUUCUGUUGUGGCCGGGGUUUAACUUUGACUCUCUCCCAAUCCUCCAAUCGUUGUCUUCCGGGCCGCACAGGGAAGAUGGUGAAAAAAGUCUGCCCCUGCAACCAGCUGUGUAGGACGAACAGCACCAACGCCGUGAGCGGUUCAGGCGGCCUGUGCCAGAGUCAGACGGGUUCUCAGUAUCUGCCCUCCAGCAUGACGGUGCCGCAUCAGAGGAAAGGAACCUUCACCGACGACUUCCAUAAACUGGUGGACAACUGGGCCAGAGACGCCAUGAACCUCUCACAGGGUAAGAGGAGUGCCAAACAGCUGCCGCAAGCUCCAGCACAGGGACACAGCUACGAGGUCAUUCAGUCAGCAGGUCUGGGCAGGAAGUACUCGGCUCCCAGCCAGCUGUGUCCCAGCAGCAUCGGAGGCUCUGCACACCUCCCCACAAACCCCACCACCACUACCUCUACCUCUGUGGCCGCCCGCAAGGGCUCCCUGAGCCACGCCCCCGCCGCCUCCACUCCGCCCCAACCCCAGCCGCCUCAAUUCAUCCACUACAACCCCACCCCCGCCUACAGCGCACAGUGGUCUGGUCCAGGUUUGCCAACGCCACACCAGGCUGCAGCACAGCCUGGACCUCUGCUGGUCAGCACUUCCCAGCCCCUGGGCCCCUACCCCACACCACAGGGCCAUAUUCCCGGGCAGGGGCCAUUCCAGGCUUUCCAUGUGACCAACGCUUUGCAGAAGUCUGUCAGCAACCCAGGAGGACCCAAUCUGAGGACCACGUAGGGCUGGGGGUGAGGGCCGUUGUGAAUCACUGCCCGACUGGCCUGAACUGGUGUGGAGCGGAGCGUUUCAGCCAGAGGGGACAGCUAGAACUGGAGUGGGUAAAGUGUCAGAAGCUGAUCUGUCCGAGUGGAGGAGAAACAGGAUGGAGGAGAGGAGGGAGAAAUGGCGGCUGCGAUCACCUGUGCUUUACUUCGUACGCGGGUGUGCAGCUGCUGCAGACGCAGCCAUGUAUCGGAUCUUCCCACCUGCUGUUUACCGACCGCGGGCCUGUGAUGGCUGCCAAAUACUCGAGGACAAAGGAAAAGACUGAUGAGUGCAAUGUUGAACGGCCAAAGAGGUUCUGACAGGGUAUGGGACUGGUGUUGGUGACUAUGUUUGUGUGCCGUGCCGUGUAUGGGCUUUCAUGACAGGGUCACACUUGGAGUUUGUAAGUCCAUACAUGACGGCGCGCACACACACACACUUUGUCUGUCUUUUGGUAGACAGCAGUGGGAGGAUAAAAAUGAAAGGUUGAACGGGAAGAAGGUGGUGAUGUGAAUGUCUGCCGCUAAAAGGCUUUGAUAUGAAAAGAUCUGUGAUUAUUACUAUCGUCAGUGAAAACAGUCCAGUUCAGUAUUCACAUUUUUUUUCUCCCAAACCAUUAAAAGCACAAUAGGAUAGGACAGCGAGAACAAAGUGAAUUCAUUUAAGUGAGAAAAUUCCACAGAUCAGCACUCGGUGUAGUCGUGAGAGAAGUCGUGGCAGCUUCUCUGUGUGUUGUUGCUCCUCGGUACUGACAAGUCAUUCAGAGAGGAGGAGGAGGAGGAGGAGGAGAUGGAGAGACGAUGGCAGGACAAGUUAGAGAGAGAGAGUUUGUAUAAAAGCCAAACACCAAACUGUUCCCUCUGCUUACGUCAGGAGCGUUUAUUGAAAAAGCACUUAACAGACGUGACGAAUGCUCCCGCGAACAUCUCGUCUGUGUCACGACUCCUCCUCCUCCUUCCCUCCGUCCUCCUCCUCCUCCUCCUCCGCCUCC